CACGUUGGUGGCCUGGGUUAAGGGGUCCCGUGAGAUCUUUGCCCGUGGGCAGACUGCAGGGGUUCGGUCUCACGGCUCCACCCAAUCAUGUGGUCACUGGGCUCCGCCCCUGCCCCAGUUCCUGUUUCGGCCCCUGGGCCUUCUAGACGCAUCGGUAACUAUCCCGCUGGGUCUGCCUUGCCGCCCAGGAUGGGGUCCUGCCCGGGCUUAGGCCGUCCCUUUUUGGGGGUACAAGGCACCUCGGUCCCUCCUUGACUUUCGGCGCUUAUGGUGUAGCGGCUCUCAGGAUGAAGGGCGGCGAGGGGGACACGGGCGAACAGGCCCCGCUGAACCCGGAGGUGGACAGCCCGGCGGGCUCAGCCACGUACCGAGAGUUCGUGCACCGCGGCUACCUGGACCUUAUGGGGGCCAGUCAGCACUCUCUGCGGGCGCUCAGCUGGCGCCGCCUCUACCUCAGCCGGGCUAAGCUCAAAGCCUCCAGCCGCACAUCUGCUCUGCUGUCGGGCUUCGCCAUGGUGGCAAUGGUGGAGGUGCAGCUGGAGAAUGACCAUGAAUACCCACCAGGUCUGCUAGUGGCAUUUAGUGCCUGCACCACUGUGUUAGUGGCUGUCCAUCUGUUUGCACUCAUGGUCUCCACAUGCCUGCUGCCCCAUAUUGAAGCCGUGAGCAACAUCCACAAUCUCAACUCUGUCCACCAGUCACCACACCAGCGACUCCACCGAUACGUGGAGCUGGCCUGGGGCUUCUCUACUGCCUUGGGCACCUUUCUCUUCCUGGCUGAAGUUGUCCUGGUGGGCUGGGUCAAGUUUGUGCCUAUUGGGGCACCCAUGGACAAACCAGCUCCUGUGGUACCUAUGUCCCAGGUGCCACCUGUGACUGUCUCCCUUAGUUUAGCUUCUAACCUCACACCAUCCUCUGCUUCUAUAGCCACAUCACAACAGCCUUCCAAAGCCUGUCCACCCCGGCAAGCGUGUGGUGGUGCUCAUGGACCAGGCUGGCAGGCAGCUAUGGCCUCCACGGCAAUCAUGGUACCUGUGGGACUAGUGUUUAUGGCCUUUGCCCUACAUUUCUACCGGUCCUUGGUGGCUCACAAGACAGACCGCCACAAGCAGGAGCUGGAGGAACUCAGUCGCCUGCAGGGGGAGCUGCAGGCUGUGUAAGCCUGGCUUUAGACUGUUGCAAGCAUUGCCUCAGAAACCCCAGGGAUCUACAGACCUCAUUCCUUGCCCUAAGCUAGAGCCACCUCCAGUGAGCUCUUAGAUAGAGGCCAAAUCUCUGCACAGAACCCCACACUCCCAGGAUUGAUCCCGUUGUCAUGUUCCAGUGGGUUUUGUAAAUUCUCCUCUGCUUGAGGAACAAAAGAGGAAGUAAACUGUCUCAGUCUAAGACUCCUGGGGUAGAGGAGAAAGGAGGCCCCAGUGAGAUCCUCGGUGGUGCUGAGCAGUUACUUGUCCUUCAGGAAGGUGACAUCUGCACAGCUGUCCCGAGGCAGUCAGCCCUUGCUUCCCUGUAAUCUGCUUGACAGUUGGCAUCCUGGGGGAUUUUACAUGGGCCCUCAGACUAGCCACUCCACACCUGGUGACUGGUGGUCUGUCCCACUGCCCUGGGCACUUACAGUCUUUGGCCAGAGCUAGGGGGCUAAGAAUGUGCAGCUAGCUUGACAGGGCUGGGUGAGUUUGUAAGGGAGAAAUUUCAGCCCUUAGAGUGCAGAGCUCUCCUUCAGACACAGAUUUUUUGUUUUUCAAGCCAGAGGGUCACUAUGUUUGUUACUCUGGCUGUCCUGGAACUCUGUAGACCAGGGUGGCCUUGAACUCACAGAAAUCCACAUGCCUCUGCCUCCCAUGUGCUGGGAUUAAAGGCAUGCACCACCACCACUCUGCUCAGACACUGAAUUUUUGAUGUACCUUGUUUUGUAAAUAAAGUGUGUCUCACAUA